UAUAUUGGAGAGAAUGAAAGGAGACGAGCAGAAAAGAAAGAAAAAAAGGAAAAAAAGGAGAGGGGCUUAAGUGAGAAUUAAACAAAGUAGUGGGCGGAAAACGAAAAUCUGGAAAAGCGGUGCAGUCCCACUGUAGUUGUGCCACCUUGACGUAUCCAUUGAGGAUUCACGUUGGAAAUCUUCAUGUCCUUUCACAAUUAAACCUAAUAUUCAUACAGAUCGUCACCGCCUGGGGCUGAUGAAGGGGGAACCAGUGAUGUGCCCUGUUGAUCAGCAUUGCCUCCAAUGGGCUCGGCGGUAUAUCGGGUCGUGCCUCUGCAGCACGCGGCACGGGUUCUCAGUGGGUCUGGGGGUUGUUAGUGUCGUGAGCUGGUGUGUGGCUGAGAUACCACAGAUCAUCACCAACUACAGAAAGAAAUCUGCUGAGGGACUCUCUAUUCUGUUUCUUAUGACAUGGAUUGUUGGAGAUUUUUUCAACCUUUUUGGCUGCAUGCUAGAACCAGAGACUCUUCCAACACAAUAUUAUACAGCAGUGUUAUAUGCAGUAACUACGGUUAUUCUUUCCUUACAAGCUGUUUACUAUGACCACAUUUAUCCUCGACUGAAGUCCAACAAAAGGAGGCAAGAGGCUGUGCAAGCUGAAGCUGCGGAAAGAAGAGAGCGCAAUAAUGAUUCUGAUACUGAAAAAGGCAGUUAUGGACAGAGAUGCGGAGUUCCUCCAAGUUCCACUAUCCAUGUUGUCUCAAGCUCUCCAAGUAGUUAUGAUGAGCUAUAUUUCAUGUCAGCAAGAUCUCUUUCAGUAAGUCGUACACCUCCUGCAGGGUCUUUCCUUGGUCCGAGAAGUCCACUUUUGGACAUCGAGCAACGCUGGUUCAGAGAACCAUUGCUAGGUGAAGGCAGGUCACCAAAAUCUGGUACUCCAAAAAUCAAAGCCAUGCUGUGUGUGGUUUCCUUGAUGACAUUCUUAGUGGGAAGUCACAACCACCUACAAGCGGAAAGACUUGAAAACAAUUCAGCUCGUAGAAAUCCAACAGGAGGCAUUGUGCUGCAAGUUGGACGACAACUUUUAGAGGCUACAGGAAGUUCAGCACACGAUAAUAUAGCUGCAGGUUACAGUGCGAUUGGAUCAAUCCUUGGUUGGGGAAUGGCAGCUAUUUACUUGGGUGGACGUCUACCUCAGAUUUACCUUAAUAUUAAAAGGGGGCAUACAGAGGGGCUUAACCCGUUGAUGUUUGUCUUUGCUGUUAUUGGCAAUACUACUUAUGUGGCAAGCAUCCUGGUUAACAGCUUAAACUGGUUGAAAAUAAAACCUAAUCUUCCUUGGUUGGUGGACGCUGGAGGAUGCGUGAUUCUUGAUGCUUUUAUACUCAUUCAGUUUGUCUACUUCCGUUACCGACCAAGGAAUGAAGUGGAGAAGUAUGUAUCUUGAAUGAGUCUGAGAUCAUGAAUAAACAGCACCUCAGGAACAUCUUUGCGUAACUGGACAUGAACAACCGUGGAGGCCGGCACCAUAAGGGAAGAGACAGCUUCUCCGACUGCAUAAACUGAGCAGCACUAGCAUUCUUUUUUUUCCUUGUUAUAUGAAACGAUUAUAAACUCGUAGUACUAGUCUCUCAGUAGAAUUUUCAUAUGUCCCGUUGUCAAUUUGUGAUGGAAAAGUAAAAUUCAGCUCGUUUAAGAAUCAA